ACAUUUAAUCAAAAUGACCAAGUCGCGACUCGACUUCCUUCUUCUUCUUCUGAUGAGCAAAAUACUGAUAUAGUCUCAACUCCGAUCCCCUUCUUCCCGUCACCGGAAAAUCCCAGGCCCUUCCACCGCCGUCACAGCCAUCCAGAGCUGAACCUCUACAGCUCCAACAAUGCCUCUCAGGAGAUUGGUGGAGGUGGAACCGCCGAGCAUACUGAGAUACCUAAUCGGAGCGGCGAUCAUGAUGAUCGGAGUCGUCUUACCCGUCGGUUACAUGAUGUUCCGUAACAAGCGUGUUCCUUCUGCCUCUUCCUACUCCAAACAGACGUAGGAACAAAGUUUUGAUAUAGAGAUAUUAAGGAGGACUCCGGAUUCGAUUUUUUUUUUUUUUCGUGUGGGGUGAGUGUUGAGAAGUGGAAAAGCAGGCAGGCAUUGAUGGAAACCUACUUUAGAAGUGUAAAUUCAUUGAAACUUCGAUCUGUUAUAUGGUUUCGUGUGGAAUUCUAAUUAGAUUUUGUACAAUGAUAUUUGACUCUGUAUUUUUACUGCUGGGUUUAGUAAUGCAGCUAGAUUGAUGCUUAUGGUAUA